CCUAACCUUAAUGCUUUUUUUUGAAAAUAUCAAUUUGUGUAAAUAAAUACUGUUUUCUGAUUUUUAAAUAUAUUUGUUCUUAGUAAACGUGAUAAAAAAGGUGUAUUUUCUGUUGCAAAAUGUAUAACGUCCAUUAAAACUCAACGUUAAGUUAAACCUUAAUACAAAUAAAAUGAUAUUUUUGAAGCCCUCAUGGGUUAAUCAUGAAGAUGAUAAACCAAUAUUUUCCGUGGAUAUACAUCCUAAUGGGGGUAGGUUUGCUACAGGAGGCCAAGGCGCUUCAGGUGGAAGAAUCGUUAUUUGGAAUAUUGGCCCAGUAAUUAACGAACAUGAGGAAACUGAUCCCAAAAUUCCAAAAAUGUUAUGUCAAAUGGAUAAUCACUUAGCUUGUGUGAAUGUUGUCCGUUGGAGCAACGCUGGUCACUUGUUAGCCUCGGGAGGUGACGAUAAAUUAGUAAUGAUAUGGAGGUUAACCAAUGAAGGGAGUUCUUCUGUAUUUGGCAGUGGAAAAGUAAAUGUGGAAACUUGGAAAUGUAUGCAUACAUUGAACUCUCAUAAUGGAGACGUUUUGGAUAUUGCGUGGGCGCCCCAUGACGGUUGGCUAGCAUCCGGUAGUGUAGAUAAUACUGUGAUUAUAUGGAAUGCACACAAAUUUCCGGAGAAAGUUGCCGUUUUAAAAAGUCACACAGGAAUGGUUAAAGGUGUAACAUGGGACCCCGUAGGCAAGUAUAUCGCAAGUCAGUCAGAUGAUAAAUCCUUAAGGAUAUGGAGGACAUCCGAUUGGGCGCAGCAAGAGGUUGUGACGGACCCAUUUGUUGAAUGUUCGGCAACAACGCACGUCCUCAGACUGUCUUGGUCUCCCGAUGGACAGUACUUAGUAUCGGCUCAUGCAAUGAACGGUGGUGGUCCGACUGCACAAAUUAUCGAAAGGGAAGGCUGGAGGCAAGACAAAGAUUUUGUGGGACACAGAAAAGCGAUUACGUGUGUGAGGUUUAAUUCGAAUAUAUUAAAAAAACAAACGUCAAGUAGUCCGAAAUCAACGCAAUAUUGUUGCUGCGCGAUAGGGUCACGAGAUCGAUCUAUUAGUGUAUGGUUAACUUCUCUAAAAAGGCCUUUAGUUGUGAUCAAGGACCUAUUUGAUGACAGCGUACUUGACAUAUCAUGGAGCAGCAAUGGUUUGUAUUUGCUGGCGUGUUCCUGGGAUGGAACUGUGGCGUGCGUUACUUUUACGCAGGAAGAAAUCGGGACACCAUUAUCGAUGGACGAAAAGAAUGCGCUUUAUGAAACGGUUUAUCACAAAUCGUUACAAAGAAACUGGAACUUGAGUUUCACUGGGACUCAAGUCGUAGAGAAUCCUGACCUACUUAGUGCCAUAGACGAAAUAAAUGAAAAAAACGAUACAUCGACUGCAAACAAAAUAGAAUUCCAAGAGCCCCAACCGGUAGUUAAGGAUGUAGCUUUUGAGUCGCCAAAAUUAAAUCAAAGCAUAUUAGUUCCUGCGAAUAAACAGCUCGAGACAAGAUUGCCUUCGGGUAAAAGAAGAAUUACACCUAUGUUGCUAACUUCAGUGCCAAACACAAACAAAGACAGUUCUGCUGAUCACUUAAAUGUAAAUAGUGACACCCAAUUUCCCUCUCAAACUUCGUUUAGUAAGUCGUCACCAGUGAAAAGUCAGAUAAUAGUCGAAACGAUAAAACAACCUCAAGAAAAGCCAAAAACGUCAAGUGAAUUGAAAACAUUCCAAAGUGGUAACGAGAUCCACAAAGUUGUGGUACAACCGCCUGGAACGCAAAUAAACCAACUGAUGUGUUGUGAGGUGCCUGGCGACGAACCUAUCAUUAAAAUUAUAAACGUCCUUGAUCCACUAAAAAUGCCACCUGGAGUGACUGUUACGAAGGAAUGCGGAACGAUGAAAAUACAGGUUACAAAUAACUGCCAUAAAACACCAAAAGGUUCAUUAUCUAGAAUAGAAGUUUUUAAGAAUAUUAAUGAUAAGGAUCCUAAGUGGGACACAUAUUUAGGCUCAUCCAUAAGAUGUAUGGCUUGCAAUAGAAAGACAAUAGUAGCUUGUUGCGAAGACUUAACGAUAAAUUGUUACGAUCUCAAAUCUGGUGCUAGAUCACUGCCACCUUUAUUAAUCGAAGACGUUGUCUCUUCUCUUAGUCUUUCCCAGAAUAGUUACUGUUUGGUAUUAACCAAAACCGGAUUAUUACAUAUGUGGGAUCUACAGAACUCGAAAAGUUUAUUAACCCGCAUCUCAGUGCGAAGUUUGUUGACGGGGAAAGGUUCUGUGAAUGGCUGUAGUUUAAGUUCAACCAAUCAACCAGUUCUAACUUUAUCAGAUGGACGAGCUUAUUCUUAUUGUAUGAAUCUGCAGACAUGGGUUCAGUUGUCUAACCCUCUAGAUCCUGUCAGCGGAACGGGAGGAAACUUAAUAAGACGCGUUCCGGCUAAUUUACCGUUGGCGUCACUGCAGCGACACAUGCCGGUACAGAGGUGCAUGGAUACAUUACCACCAGGAGUGACAUUAAGUUUUCUCGAAUCACAGAUUACCGCAACGAGUGUGCUACAGUCAGCCGCUGAGUACAGGCAUUGGUUGAUUGCCACGGUCAACCAUUUGCUUGAUAAAGGUCCUGAAUGUAGGUUACGGCUCGUGUUGGAUGAUCUUAUGGGUCCGAAUCACACGUCAUCGAAGAAACAGAAAAUGGAUACUAGAUUGGAAGGAACCAAUAGGACGCUCCUAAACGAAGUAUUAGCAAUUAUCAAAACCAAAUUACCCUGGCAAAGACUGUAUAAAGAAUAUAGUGAACAGCUUUCCGAUCCUUAGUAUAUUUUUAAGUUUAAUUAGGAUAGUUUUCAGUGAAUCUUUAUACAAGUCAUAGAUAUAAGUUUAUUUUUUAAUAAAUACAGAAAUGAUGAAAACCACAAGGAGAUAGUUUGAAACAACCUUGUGCAUGACUGAUCACUAAGCAAGGUCCGAGAACGAGCUGUACAGGGUGAUCAAUAGUUCUUGGGAAACACUUUUUUCUCAAAAACAGUUGAAGAUAAUUAAAUUCCGAUAUCAAUGUUAUAUUUUCAGUGACCGAAUGCUCUGGUAAUUUCUUUUUCUCAGAAACAAAUAUUUUUUUGAGUGUGAAGCGAAGAAAGCUAUGACUCUAUAUUAAUUCGAAGUGAACACACUGUAUAACAAAUUAUUUUUGCCAACAUUUCAGUGCAGUCACUGAAAAUAUGACACCGUUUUCAGAAUUUAAUUAUCUUUAAAUCGUAUUCAAGAAAAACUGAUUUCCCAAAAUACAGGCUGUUUUCAAAGUUCAGUCAUUUAUUUUAACAGCUGGUAGAAGUCAAAAAAGAAGU